CCACGGUAGGAAUCCCCUCGAACACUGCACUGGCCAAGGCGGCGCAAACAACACCGGUUCUGUCUUUCACACCACUCCGGGUCUCCCUGCGCCUGCCGAGCAGGGUAAAUGCACCGGGAGGCGGGGAAAAGAGAGCUGCCGGCCCGGCUUGGGGACGGUCGCGGGGGGCAGGGGGCUCGGCCCAGAUCCCGCCUGCCCCCCUCCCCAUACUGACCCGCCCCCGCUAUGAGGCGGACGGUGGCUCUGCGCGUGCAGCCAGGAUGGAGCGAGUGAGGCGGUGCGGCCGGACGGAGGGGUACCCCGCCUGGGGUGUACUGCUUCUCUCUUUCCUCCUCCUCCUUCUGGCAGAAUAUUGUUUGGCUCAGUGUGAUAAUGACUGCAAAGCUUACUGCUGUGAUGGGACUACUGCCUACUGCUGUUCAUAUUAUGCCUACAUGGGGAAUGUCCUUUUAGGCACAGCAAUAGCCGGAAUUGUUUUCGGCAUAGUAUUUAUAAUGGGAGUGAUUGCUGGGAUUGCCAUCUGCAUCUGCAUGUGCAUGAAGAGCAGCCAUGGGACUCGAGUAGAGGUUAUCAGAACAAUGCACAUCAAUACCAUCAACACAUACCCAAUGCCUCCACCACCAUACAGUUAUGAAUAUGAAAUGGAGUACUGAGCUGACCUACCUCCACCUUAUACUCCAACCUCACAGACUGUGAUACAGUAUCCCCCACCCCCCUCCAUACCCAAUAUCCCUGGAUAUUCAGGGAAAUAAUUAACAUGACUUCACAUGGAUAUUGACUGCCUGUUGAAACAGCCAGCACUAUUGGGACAAUGUUAUUGGCUCAGGGACAAAUAAGACUGGGUUUUGCAUCAACAUAUGUGGCCAGGUAUUGAAAUAACUUGCAAAGGUUGCCAUGGCUCAGGAUGAAUAAAAAUACUGUCCACUCUGGGCCAUCAUGUUUCAUGAUUAAACAACAUGUGACCAAAGAAACAGUUCCUAUAAGUUAAUGUCUGAUGAGUAGCGCUUAACACCAGUUCUUAGCUUCAGCUGCAGCACAUAGAAGUGGGGCUCUUCCCAUGUAGGAAUGUGUAAGUGGUGCAAAUGGUUCAACAAGCUGUUUCAAAAGAGCAAGAGGCAGCUGCUGGGGCUUAUUCUGGGGGAAAACAGCAACUGUUGUCCUGAGGUAACUGCUCUGCCUUUCCUUGAAAUGGGGGCAAUAAGCAAGAACAAGGAAGAUUGAAACUGUUUUCUGUUUCUACUUACAGCUGGUAAUACCCAAUGAUCACUGUGCAUAUUGGUCUGAUAAUCAUGUUACAAGGAGAAGUGCUAUUAGAGUUAUUUAGUAACUAAAAAAUGAUGGGUAUUAUUUUUGGCCAAGUGCAGUUUUUUUAAGUGCCUAUUUUUAAGCAGUUUGUGACUAGUUUAUGAACUAAAAUGUUAACAUAAGGAAAAUUUUUGUAUGUGAAAUACUCUAAUUUAUAGCUGAUUAACUUUUACCUGGACUUUAAUACUCUAUACAUUGGAAAUAUGCUAAAAUGCCUUUUAUAUCAGCAAAUGAUACUUUGAUUUUAGUAUAAAAAUACUGAAUCAGCAAAACUCACAAGUGGGAGAAGAAAUGCAAAAGAAAUAUUAAAACAUCAUAGAUUUUACUUCAGUUCAAUUGCAUAAAACCAGGGUUUUAAAAUCAUAUUAUGUAUCAGUAAUGAGGAUGUUCAGCCUUAGCAAAGAGAUGAGGGUAGAGACUGUGAGCAUCUGCUUACUUUUGAAUAUUGUCUUGGGCAUUUUAAAACUUUAGGUGACCAAGUAAUACUUUUUGUAUUUGUCAUGCAUGUUGUUCAACCUUACUUAUUCUCUACUAUAUGCAGUCCAGAUCUUUAUGAUUUAAAAUGUUCCAUGUACUUACGAAGCUAACUGUAAUUCUGCAGCAGCUAUUUGACUUCAGAAUAGAGUAUUCCAUUACCUAAAGCAUAAUCUUUCAGCAUUAAGACUAUUAUUUUUCUCGGGUUUAUAUGCAAACCACAAGGAGUGGGUCUCUUCAAGGAUUUAAAAGUACUGAAUGCUCUUAGUUUGAGUUGGGUGUCUGAGGAGUUUGAGAGUGCUACAGCUGUGGCAUCAGCUGCAGGUUACUGCUGAUUCACAGAGAUCAGAAUGUAUUUAAAUAUCUUCCAGUGUAGCCUGUCUGUUCUUUUCAAGUGUAUCCAUGUAGUAACAAAUAAAAAAGCAGCUUGCAAAAAGGAGAUACUGUAUCCCAGUAAAAUCAAACUCUCAUCAUCCCCUAAGUCUGGUGGUUUUGGUAUUCAGUACUGAUUCAGGGAAGAACUGAAGCAACCUUUAACUGAGCAUAAAAUUUAUUCAGAGACAUUCUUGGAACAAGACCUUACUGACUGUUCUUGCUCAGAUUUUGCAGUUGUAUUUGUCCUUUCCAGGCUGACUAAACUUACCCCUUGAAAUUCCACUUUGAAGUGCAAAUGGCAUCAGUCCCUGCCAGUGUAAGUUCAGAAGAUCUGUGUUGUGGUCAGUGGCCAUUGGCCAUGCCGAGUCCAGAAGCUACCAAGGUGCUUGUGACCCGGUCAGAGGAAAACUGAGCUGCAUCUCAGAUGUUUGGUUGCUGCUGUUUCCUUGGAGUCUUCUCUGAGAAAGGAGAGUUACAUUCUCAUUUCUAUUUUGCUGUUCAGAGGUGACAAGUCCUGAACUGGCUUAUCCUUACAAUUAGUUCUGCUCUGGGUACAUCCUGUGACAUUUCAGCUGUUACCCUGACCUCUCAAGAGAUCCCAGUUGAAAUCCUCCCACGAAGAGCAAUCCUCUGUGUGCGGUGUUUUGGCAGUCCCUACUCAAAACCACGUGCUGGGGUAUUGAUGUGUCUGCCAACAUGGUGACCUACAUGAAGAACAGA